AUGUCUAAAGAAUAAGAAUUGCAAACCAAAAUCAAAAGUCUAGAGGAGGACAUCCAAAAUAGACAUCGACAAAUAGUAUAACUUACUGACAAAGUGGAAGAAUUGCAACGAUCCAUCUAAAACAAUUCAGAAGUAGACAUCAAAUCAUAAUUGCUUAGGUGGUUGAACUUGGAGAGAAAGUGAGAAUGCUUGAGUCGUAAAACCUCAAACUCAUAGAAAAGAAUCAAAGCGAUGUUGUGGAAUGGCGAUCAAAAGAAAGAGAUUUCAAUGUACAUCUGAAUCUUAUUCUAGAAUCAAAUUCAAUCACUUCAACGUAAAUUGAACGAAGUUGAAGCCCAACUCACUGAGGCUAAGGAUCUCAAUUAACAACUGAUUGCUAAAUCUGGGGAAAACAGCAAUUCUGAAUCGCAGUUACAAUAAAUCACUUCACAUUAUGAACAUCUUCUCAGUGAAAAAGAUGCUUAGCUCAAGGAAAGAGAAACCACGAUCCUCCAUCAGGAAUAAAUUAUCCCUCAAUUGCAGAGGGACUUAGAUCAAAGAGAUUAAUAAAUCAAAUCAUUGAAUGAACAAUUAGAAAGCCAAUCAUAGCAAUUAACUCUAUUGAGUCAACAGAAUGGGAAUCUUAAUACUCUUACGACUGAACUCAAUAAUUUAAAACUACUUAAGGACAAUUUGCUGAAUGAUAAUUAAACACUGCAUUCCUAACUCUAACAACUCAAUACUUCUAAUGCUGACUUAUCCAAUAAACUCAAACUCACAGAAGAUCAAAAUGCAACCAAUUAAAAGCAAAUCUUGGAGCUUUAGAAUGAAUUGAAGGACUCUUAAAGGUAAUACAAAGAAGAAAUGACUAAAAUUAUGCAAAUCCUUGAAAAGACCAAAGAAAAAGUAAUUGUUUCAUCUAACUAUUAAUUAAGUCUACUUAGGAGUAGGAACUAUUUAAAAACAGAUUGCUUGAAAAGGAUGAUAUUUUGAAUGAAGCCAAAAAAUAAUUUGAAUAGACUACUAAAUAAUUUGAAAAGUAUUUACUCAUUGUAUUUAAUAUCAAAGGGAAAAUGCUUCUCUUACUACAUAACUAUCAUAAGCAAACAAGACUCUCUAGGAAUAGGCUAAGAAAAUCUCUGAUCUUGAGUUCAAAAUUAGAGAAUUGGAAUCCAAAUUGCAAGAAAGUAAUAGACAAUACAUCAAAUCACUUGAACAUUCUAAAUAAUUAGACAUCGAAGUAUAAGUUUAUCCACUAUUUAUAUAGCUCAAAAAAGCUAUUUAGACUUCGUAAAAGUAUUAGGAAUAAAUCAUAUUCAAAGAGGAAGAGGUCUAAAAAUCAAAAUAACUUUAAUUGCGUAUUCUUCAAGAUAAUUCUGAUUUAAAAGCUAAAUUGGAGUCUCUCUUGCAAAUGAACUCCAAAAGCAAAUCAAAUGAAUUGUAGAAUCUCAAAAAUCAAAUCCUUGAAAAAGAUUAAGAAAUCGAAUUACUCAAAUAGUAAUAGAGGUCUUUGGCUACUCAAUUAAAAACUAGUUAAGGCUAUGCGAAUAGAUUUAAGUAAAGAAAUAAACAAUUAGAAAUGGAAAACACUGAACUAUUAAAAUCAAAGAAUAGUUUAGAAACUCUCUUCUAAGAGAUACUCGAUCAAACAAAAUAAAAAUCAAAUGUCAAGAAUUUAUCUGCAUUAUCGAAUAAUCCUACUAAAUAUUAAAUGAGUUUACUCUCCUAACGAAAGAAUUAUAUGCAAGAAAACACUUCAACACAUUCAUAAGAAAAUAGAUCAUCAAGUCAAAAAUCCAAUAACACAACUCCUAACAAGGUUGGUAAGACUGGAGAUGUAUCCUUUAAAAGAGCCAUCCUAGUAAGUGGAUAAAAAAAAGCUGCUCAUUCAGGGUCUUAAGACAAUGUUCAUGCAAAAUAGUCUAAUAAACUACUCAAUGAAAUUUAAGAACUUGAUGAAAGCCAACAAUAAUAGAAUAAACCUCAAUCUUAGUAGGACAAUUAUGAUUAAUAAAUGGGAUUUGAAGAAUAGCAAAAUAUAUAAAAAGAGUAAGAACACAAGGAAGAAUAAAUACUUGAUGACUAAGAAAACAAUGAGGAGGUUGCAGAUUUUAUUGAGGAUGAUAAUGAUCUUAAUUGA